AUGUCCAACACCAAGACUUACAAAGACGCGUUUGCGCUUUUCGACAAGAAAGGCACUGGGAAAAUCCCUAUUGAGCACUUGGGCGACUUGCUCCGGGCAGUAGGCCAGAACCCAACAUUGGCAGAAAUUGCCGAGUUGCAAGAAUCUGUAAAACUGAGCGACUUCGACUUUGAAACAUACCAAAACAUCAUCAACAGGCCCGACGGAUUCAAGCCUUUGGGACUCCCUGAAGAUUACAUCAAGGGCUUUCAAGUCUUUGACAAGGACCACACGGGGUACAUCGGCGUGGGUGAAUUGCGGUACAUUUUGACGUCGAUUGGCGAGAAGUUGAAUGACCUGGAAGUGGACGAAUUGUUGAAAGGUGUGAACGUCACGGCCGAUGGAAACGUGGACUAUGUUGAGUUUGUCAAAUCUAUUUUGGACCAGUAA